UACUCGGAAUAUCUAUCAUCAUCGGAAGCUCUUCUCUUUCUGAGUGGGUAGUGAGAGAAAAGCGCCCAUUUUCUAGAGAGAGAAACUCUGAGACUUCACACUAGUGCUUUUCUACUGUUUAGGUUUCCAUUCGAGCGAGUACAAGAUAAAAAAAAAGGAAGCAAAAGAAGUUUGGAGCUUAUUUGGAAGCUAUAGAUUAGCGAUUUUUAUUAUCUUUUAGUUUCUUUUGGGUCAAUUUUGUCUCCGGAAAGUUUGGUCUUUGUGGGUUUGUGUUUAUCUUGGUUUUGUUUCUGGUUCUUGGAACUGCACGGAAGCCGAGGCUUCUUCGAGCUCAAGCAAUGAUUGUUUGUUUUCUUGUUUGAAAGAAUUUAAUCUAAAGAGCUGUUUGUUUGUUUCUUUGUUGUUUUGGGGUGUAGUGGUUUCUGGGUUGAUGUUGGGUAAUGUUUAGUGUGGAACAGAGAGUAUUGAUUUUUGAGAGAGUUGGGUUUUGGAAAUUGAGGAUGAUAUGGAAAUUGAGCCAAAUGUUCACUGAGACUGGAUAGUUAGUGUUUGUUGGAUAAUGUCAAUUGUGGAGGAGAAGCAUAUAGAGAUUCAGGUAUGAUUUGAGGGGGUUGCAAUAUGAGUUGUAGUGUGAACAGUGGAGGAAGAGAGCAGAGGAAUUCGGGUUCGAAUGGUUCAAUUACGGCAAAGCAGCUGACAAUCGACGAGAGCCUGCUGGUUGAUCCCAAGUUGUUGUUUAUUGGGGCGAAAAUUGGUGAGGGAGCUCAUGGGAAAGUUUAUCAAGGAAGGUAUGGUAAUCGAAUUGUUGCUAUCAAAGUUCUCAAUCGUGGGAGCACUUCUGAAGAAAGAGCUCAACUUGAGAAUCGGUUUGCCCGUGAAGUUAAUAUGAUGACUCGAGUAAAGCAUGAAAAUCUUGUCAAGUUUAUUGGAGCUUGUAAGGAUCCUCUAAUGGUGAUAGUUACUGAGCUAUUACCUGGAAUGUCACUUCGGAAGUACCUAAUUAGUAUUCGUCCUAAUCCAUUAGACCUUCACGUGGCCAUUAAAUUUGCUCUUGACAUCGCCCAUGCAAUGGAAUGUUUACAUGCCAAUGGCAUUAUACAUAGAGAUCUAAAACCUGACAAUCUGUUGCUUACGGAAAAUCAGAAAUCUGUGAAGCUUGCAGAUUUUGGUCUUGCAAGAGAAGAAACAGUAACUGAGAUGAUGACUGCAGAGACUGGGACUUAUCGUUGGAUGGCUCCUGAGCUAUAUAGCACUGUCACACUACGGCAAGGAGAGAAGAAGCAUUACAAUAACAAAGUGGAUGUGUAUAGCUUUGGGAUUGUCUUAUGGGAAUUGUUGACCAACCGCAUGCCCUUUGAAGGCAUGUCUAAUUUGCAGGCUGCCUAUGCUGCUGCUUUCAAGCAAGAGAGGCCUCAACUUCCAGAGGAUGUCUCCCCUGAUCUUGCCUUCAUCAUCCAGUCAUGUUGGGUUGAGGACUCCAAUCUAAGGCCUACAUUCAGCCAGAUCAUCCGCAUGCUCAACUCUUUCCUCUUCAAACUCUCACCCCCCUCACCACCCCUACCAGACAAUGACAGCAACGAAGCAGAAGCAAGUAACGGUACCAUUACUGCACUAUCUGUCCGGGCAAGAGGGAAGUUUUCUUUCAUUAGGCAACUCUUCAAUGCUAAGAAGAACAAGAACACACAAUCAAGCUGACCAAAUUUUUCGAAACCCUCGCUCUGUUUCACCUGAAUCAACACCUCGCGAGGGCAUUUGUAGAAUCAAUGUUUAGUGACUUUAUGAUUUAACUACGCAAACAAUGAUCAAACUCUAAGGGAUGGGAUAACACUGAAAGGGAUGGAUUCGGAAUCGGUUCCCAUUGUCUAGGUGACUUGAUUGUAAAGAAAAACUACUUUGGUUUUCGAAAUUUCU